AUGACAAUACUUGCUGCGACAACAGCUUCAUCCUCGGGGAAGCAGCUAAACGGCCACGCCAGCGAGAUUAGGCCAAGGCCACCAUUUAACCACCUCCCUACACCCUCAGAGGGGAAUGGACAUCUAAAGGCGGCUCGAGUCGAGAGCGAUAACACGUCCGCCAUCUCCAGUGGCCGUAGCACACCCGUCCCCGAAGAUGCACCUCCAUCCGCCCACUCAAUUCAACAUGCCCGCCGCGAGAAGCGGCGACGAAUGUUCCCGACGGUCGCCUACGAGUCGCGCGUAUCUCAUUUCGACCCGCAGAGCCAAUAUCACGACUUUAGGGGCUUCUUUGCCCUGUUUUGGAUCGGUAUAUUCAUCAUGGUCUUAAAUACUGCGUUGCGGAAUUAUAGAGACACAGGAAAGGUCUUAAGGACAAGUAUAUUCAGCUUGUUUUAUGCGGCGCCGGCAGAGCUGGCGUUCGCUGAUUUGGCGAUGGCGUGUAGCACGGUUAUCUGUUUGCCAUUGCAGAAGAUGUUUGCCAGGAACCUUGUUAGUUGGGAGAAGGAGGGACAUCUAUUACAGCAUUUGAUACAGAGUAUUUGGUUAGGCAUCUGGGUGUAUUUGCCGUUUUAUCUCCAGUGGCAGUGGACUCAUCAAGUGUUUUUUACACUCCAUGCUCUUACUUUACUCAUGAAGAUUCACUCUUAUUCGUUCUACUGCGGCCAUCUUUCGGAUUGCCACAAACAGCUCAAGUCCCUCGACUCCAACAAUACAACAGUUGAAUCGGAGGCCGAUGCCGAGCUCCGCGAAAAGCUAGCCUUCGAACUUACUUGCCCUGAAGGAAAGGUCACAUACCCGCAAAAUCUAACUCUCCCCAACUUCCUGGACUACCUCCUCUGUCCAACGCUCUGCUACGAGAUGAGCUAUCCCCGAGUAGACCAUAUCCGCUGGGCAAAGGUAGUAGAAAAGGCCGCUGCUGUCUUUGGCUGCGUCUUUGUCCUUACCGUAACCUCUGAAGAAUUCAUCCUCCCUGUCAUGACUGAAGCGGCCCUCCGCCUCGAGAGCGUCCAGUCCUGGGCCGAGAUUGGGCUCGUCUUACUCGAGAGUAUCAGCCUCCUUCUGUUCCCGUACAUGAUCACCUUCCUCCUCGUUUUCCUCGUCAUCUUCGAGUAUGUACUUGGUGCAUUUGCGGAGAUCACAUGCUUCGCUGACCGCCACUUCUAUGCCGACUGGUGGAACUCGACGAACUGGCUUGAAUUCUCAAGGGAAUGGAAUAUUCCGGUGCACAGGUUCCUGCAACGCCAUGUGUAUGGUGCAUCACGGAGACAUACGUCGAGAAGUGUGGCCACGCUAGUUACGUUCCUGAUCAGUGCAGCGGCACAUGAACUGGUGCUAUUCUGUAUUACGAAAAAGUUGAGGGGGUAUGGAUUUGUGUGCCAGAUGCUGCAGUUGCCGAUUAUCGCGGUUCAGAGGACGAAGUUCAUGCAGAGUUGGCAUACGCUGAAUAAUAUAAUGUUUUGGUGUAGUAUGAUUUGGGGACUUGCUAUGAUCAGUGCACUGUAUGUUCUUAUUUAA